GAGUGAACACUGUUCAUUUCAGUCCCACAGAUGCACUUAGGAGUCUUUGUGUAUAAAGUGCAUUCCACAUGCCUGUGUAAAAUGCCAUACUGGGUAUGCUGAAACAAUCUGCAUGUGAAGAGUUCUCACCACUUUUACAUGUGGUGGUUGUUCCAAUGCGUGAAAGGCAGUAGAAUUUCAAAUGUUUGUUUUGAAAUAAAACAAUAAAUUUUAAGAUGCACCUGCAGUUCCGAAGUGUUAUUUGUAAGAAUAUAGUUUUUCAUUAAAAAUACAUUGUUGUGUUAUUGAUACGGAAACUGGAAGUAUAAAAACUAUCCCACACCCCUUUGUCAUAGAUUGUAUGUGGUGGACUUUGCUCAGUGCAAUCGUGUGCAAUACCUGAAGCUGAGUUCAAAAGUCUCCACUGUUGUUAGAUCUCAAGCUCACAAGAAGCUGUGUUUCUCGACAAAAGGCUGGAAAAGAAAAAAAGGUUCUAAUUGUUUUUUGCGAUAGAUGGAGGGAGGGGGAGGUUACCAGUUUAUGCAUGUUCUUUUUGAAAAUAAGUAAGAUUCCAAAACUGAAUGUUUAAGGCAGAAUGUUGGCAAUGCUGUGAUUAUUUGGUGCUGAUUUUUUUUUAAUGUUGGGCUAUUUUUGCUUUCUAUUCUUGUUGUGCUUAAUUUAACCUUAAUUCUACAUUUUACACAUAGAUACUAUGGAUAACCUUCACUUGCAUGUCAUAGCUGUGGUCCUUUACUUAAUUCUUCCUGGAUCAGUGGGAACCAAGCCGCAGCGGAUUCUUCCUGCUACACAUCACCGUUCAGAGUGCCAGUGGGAUGGGCAGCUCUUACUGAAUUGCUCUUUUACCAGAAUAUCUACUAUUCCAGAAGAUAUAUCACAAACAGCACUGACAGCUGAUUUGAGUUACAAUAAUAUUAAAACUUUUAUGUGCUCUGAUGGAAGAAAUGAAGAGUGGAUGCUAAAACACCUGAACCUCAGUAACAACCUGAUUUCUGAACUCACUUUAACUACCUGUACAAAUUUACCCAUUUUAGAAACUCUAAACCUCAAUGGUAAUGCCAUCCACACCCUCACACUGGACACGCCUACACCUGCACAUGGGUCUAAAAAGUACAGCACUGUUGAUCGUCUCCUGCCUGCUUUGAAAGUGUUGUCAGUUGAAAGAAAUAAUCUUAAUGCAGUUCCAAGAGGACUAGGCCUCCUGCAGUCUUUACAAACUGUCCAUAUGUCAUCCAAUGCCAUACAACAGAUUGACCCAAAGGAUUUUCAAAACUGUUCACAGCUGAAGAACAUUGACCUGCGAAACAACAAGAUAACUAAAAUUCAUCCAGAUGCCUUCAGAGAUCUCAACAAAUUACAGGUUGUGGAUCUCCGUGAAAAUGCUCUGACAAUCCCUCUACCACAGAUACUAGUCAGUUUGAACUUUUUUCAACUUGAAGUGUAUUUGUCAAAGAACACCUGGAUAUUUAACUGCAGGCUAAAUGCUUUUAAAUAUUUAUUUCAUUUUGUCUUUGACUCCACAAGGAAAAAAUGGAGCCUUUCAUACAAUAAGUCUGCCAACAACUCCCAGAAACCUCUGCUGUUUCUUUCAAGUUUCCAUUUAAACUGCAGGGACAAAGUUUUGCUCAAAAGGGCCACAGUCACAACAGGGAACACAUCAGUGCUGACCUGUAACUUGGACAACAUAAGGGGCAAUGGAAUCUCUUGGUGGACACCAAAGAGCAGAAUUUCAAAAAACCACAGUCUUCCUCAUAUGACACUGGAUAAAAUGAGUAAUUUAGUAAUACACAAUGCUGAGAAAACUGAUGGAGGAUUAUAUUUGUGUCUUUUUAAUACAACAAAAGAGAAGUAUCUCAUUUACAAUAUAGAGGUGAAAGAAGGAGUUUCAGCAUUUUUGGUUAGAAAGGCCAGAGACGCUAACACUGGUUUGAGACAGAAAGAAACAGAGCCAGACUUUGCACUGGCUGUCUCCCUCUCUGUGCUCAUUACAUUUGUUUGUGCUUUUUGUCUGGGUGCUUUUGCUAGACCCUACCUGGAAAGCCUGUGGAGACUCAUGCGCAGGAACAAAAAUUCAGGUUCGGAACACACAUACUCUAAUCAAGCUUUUUCAGAUGAAACCUUGGGCAGAGAGCCUUCUGCAAGCAAGCCAACAAAUACAAAGCAUAAUGUAUUAUUUUGUGAUAAGAAUUCCUUAAGAAGCACACAGAUUUUUCCUACAGAAACUUCUACUGUGCAUCAAAAUGUCACUGGCAGUGGUGUACAUUCACCAAAUCCCAAAGCAGAGUACCAGAAACAAAACAAUACUGAGACCAAAAUGAAGAAAUUACCAGUGUUUUCAAAAGUCCAAACUAGUAUUGACAAUAAUGAAAGUAUAAAUGUUUAUGAUACUGGACUAUUUUUUGUAAGGACAGAUUACCAGAACAGCAAUGAAAUAACACCAAACAGCAAAGAAAGAAACAACUCUGGUCUGCUGCAGUCUGAGAUCACAAAAGCUACACCAGGUUCUCCAGAAAGAAAAGGUAUUGUUUCAUAUAAUGAACCCAGGCACACUACAAAAUUUAUGCAGAGAAGGCAAAGCUGUGAACAACCUGCUCUAAAUGGCAACAAAAAUAUACCUAGGGAUGUGGUAGAUUUUAUUUCACCUAGUAGCUCCAGAACAGAUGCAGAUAUUGUGAAUUUAAGCAUCUAUGAAAUAAUAGAAAACUCUCCCCUUACAGAGCAUGACUGUAAAAGGACACAUUCAGAUGAAAAGGACACUUCAGCUGAUAUAUUUGGUGACAGCUCUUCAGCUGAAGGGACUCCAUUCACAAUGAGUGACUGUAGUUCUUUAGCAGACUUUGAACUGGAAGAACCUGAUGUUAGUGACACCCUGCCAGUCUAUCAGUCAUCGCUAGAUGAAACAAAUACCGACAGCGGAACUGAGAAGUUUGCAACACCGCCAGAGUCUCCAAACAUUAGUGCUGAACUUCAGCAGAUUGGGAAAAAUGAAGAUGAGAACAGUGCCUAUUUUGUAACCACUAAUAAUUAUGGAUCAGACACCAUCGUGCAUGAAACAGCAUCCCCUUAUUCUGAUAAAAGCAGUGACCUAAGUGUGUCAGAUCCAGAUACAGUUAGUUCAAGUCAAGAAAUUCCAGAUACAUUUGAUUAUUUUACUAAUGCAGAGUCAACAGAACAAAACUCUGAUUCUCCCCACAGUCAAAGUACAGAUUUUGGUAACACAGUACUUAAGUUAAAACAUUUUCCCACUUAUGACACAGAGAAAACUUCUGAAGAGGAUGAACUGCAGCUGUCUCUGCUUCCCAGAGAACCACAGCAUUCCCUCAGCUUCAGUGACACAGAACAGAAAGAAAAUGCACCAGCAGGAAGUACAGACGAGGACAUAGCCAGGAACUCCCCUGAAAAGAAUUAUGGUGAAGCAGACAUUACAUUAAGAAGAAACAUGAGUAUAUCUGAGGACAGUGGCUUUAUUUUUGCUCCCAUUCAUGCUGGUUUGAAUGAAGGUGUAAAAAAACCAUCACUGCUGCAUUCCAGCAAAGAAUCAUCUCUUCAGUGGCUGCCUGAACACACAGCUGAAAAACAUUUCAUGUUUCCUACACAGCAAGAUGGCUUGUUACAACAGGGGAAGGAGGCUUGUGCAGAUAAAAUGGAAGGAGGUUCCGAUGAGAACAAUUCUGAUGGAUUCACAGAAUUACAGGAUACCAGCAAUUGCAGUCUGCCUGAAGAAACACAGUCUUGUAAUCCUACAGCAGUUCUGCUGCAUCUUCAUAGUUCUGGGAAAACACAGUCAGAAUUCACAACUGAUGAUCACUUCCAAGUGGAUCAGAGUGACGAGGAUGCAUAUUCCUUCUCAAUUCCACAAGGUUUCUUCGAUGAAAGCACACCAUACAGUUCAUGUUUCUUCCCACAAAAGCCUACAGGAAAUACAAUCUCUGAGAGCACUGAUUCCAGCAAGAUGAAGGAUCACCCUACUUUGACAGAACUGGAGAACCAUUCUGCAACAACUGUAGAACACCUCCAAAAUUCCAGUGAAAAUCUCAGCCAAAAAAGUCAGACAAAUUUAGGACAGGACCAGUUUUUUGUUAAGAAGAAAAGAGCAUUUGAUGGAUUUGCUAAUAUUUUGCAAAGCAGAAGAACAAACUUCAAUAGCUGAAACACAAAACGGUAAUACUAAGCUCCCACAGUGUUUGUGUCAAUACUACAGGUGCAAACAUUAUUUUGUUUUUAAAGUGAAAUUACUUCUGUUUAGAAGGGUACUUGUAAAAAACCCAAUAAUAGACUUUAUAAAAAGCUACUCCAGAAUAUUCAUAAAGCUCCUGCUGAAUUAUAUUUACUUUCUCAUUAUUGGUAAUUGAUAUUAAUAUUUCCCUUGGAAUUUGCUUCAGAUACUCACUGGUUUGUCUUUUUGUCUAAAAUAAAUGCAACAUGGAAAUUUACAUUAUUACUAUUACUGUGUUUUCUUAUGGGACUCAACCUAUACAAUGAAAUGGUACAUACUGCUAUCUUCUGCUUUUUGAGCCAGAUUUGUGGAUUAACUCUGAAUUCCCAGUGUGACAAAGAUAAAUGAAGUCCAAGCAGUAUUCAAUUACAUUUCAAAAAUUAAUUUUAACUUGGCAAAAGAGAGAAAACCACCUUUCUCAAAGAAACAGAAUAGAAUUCAAUUCUUGCAGAAACAUCACCUAUAGAAAUGUUGUUAUAAUGGGACAUCACCCCAAGUUUGCAGAUGUGGUGACACAGGCAAAGUAAUUUAAAAAAAGACAAAGGAUCCUACUUGAGAAUUUUACUUAAGAGGGGAAAAUCAAGAGCAGUUCAAAACUGCUAUUUUAGAACAUCAGUAGCCAAAAAUAGCAAAUGUAAUGUAAAAUUACCCCUGAAUAUAGCCCAAGGCCCUUUCAACAGACUCAGUACCACUGAUGCAGCCCAUGAAGGAAAAUGUCAUCAUGAAAGGGAGCAGACCUAGUUCCAGGAAAAUGCAGGAAGCUGGCUACAGCUCUGGGAAACUCUUUCACAAAGACACAAUUAACUCCUAAAAACUCCAAGCAGAAGGAACACAUUUUAAUUCCUUCACAAGAGAAGCAAGUCCAAUGGCACACUACAUCACUGAAACUACCUUUAAAAAAAAACCUUAGAACAAAGAGCCACUGCCAGCUUUCAGUAAAGCUCAUUAUCCACACAAGCUCUUUGUGGUCAAAACAACUUAAAAAAUGCAAUUCCUGAAAAAAGCACUGACUUGGUCAUUUUGGUAUGUAUGGGUCUUCAAACACCAUUAACACUUCUCCAAGGCCUGUCACCUUUUGGCUGUUGCAGCUGCUAACAUGUUAAGAAAUCUAACUAUACAAGAAAGGCAAUUUUGUGAAUCAUGGGGAAAAAUCCACUCUAGUGCUCUAUUGAUAUCUCAUACACUGGAAGGUUUUGCCAUUUGCUUGUGCAACUGUCCAACAGGAUUUCAAAAUACAUAUUGGAAGAUUAUUUUCUCAUCUUUUUUUCUGACCAUGAGAAUGCUUCAGAGGUGAGGCAGACAGUACACCACUUGUGAGAAGCUGCAGGAUUUCUCGGAUUCCCUUUAUGCCAUAAAGCUGUGGAAAAGUUUCUGUUCUUCUCCAAAGUAACUUCACUCCUUUAUUGUAGGAUUUUAACAUGUGGCAAUGUAUUCAUUUGUAUGUGUGCCUUAUCUUGCCACUGUUCUUUGCUACUGUUGGGGGUUAGAUUUGGUUGGUUUUUUUUUUUUAACUUACAGAUUUUUUUUCCCCAUAAGUUUCCAAGAGGCCUUGAUGACUACUUAGUCAGAACAAAAGGGAGUACUUGAGGGACAUGGCAGCACAAAGCUACACCUAUUGUUUUUGAGUCCCUGGGAGUGUCCCUCAGAGGGGAGAGAUGAUGAGCUUUGGGAAAGGCAAAAAGACAGAGCUGGGGGAGGGGAGCUCACUCUUGCUCUCAGCACCAAGGAGGACGGUCAAGCUGCCCCCUGCUACAGGAAGAGUUUGCGGCCCUCACUCUGCCUCUGUCUCGUCCUGGGAAAUCUACCCUCAUCUGCUCCUGUACCCGGGAAUCCUGAGCUCGCUUUCUCCAGCCCUCCCCCCACCGCUGCUGCUUCUUCGGAGUUUUGAGGCUCUCCUGCUACUCUGUAGCCCUGCCCUGCCCAGCCCUGCCGGGACACCCCUGCUGCUCCAGCUGCCAGCGCAGAGCUCCUCAUCUCAUCCACCAGCCCGGGACUUUCCUCCCUUCCAGCUCGGCCUCUCGGAGUCCUGCAGGGGCACCGAGAUCAAACUGCUCUGGGCUUUCUGUGAAAGCCCUCAAGGUUCUUGGUUCUGUUUAUUAUUAAUGCUGUAGUUGUUGUUUGUUUGUUGUUUUGUCAUAUAUACUAGUAAAGAACUGUUAUUCAUAUCCCCAUACCUCUGUCUGAAAGCUCCUUUAAUUUUUUAAAUUGGAAUAAUUUGGAGGGAGGGGAUUCGAAUUCUCCACCUCUAGGGAGGUUCUGCCCCCUUCCUAGCAGAUACCUGUCUUUCAAACCAAGACAGGUUAUUGGUGCCCACUGUGGGGCUUGAGGGCAUUGAGAGGAAAAGGAAUAACAGUUCUUAAGUGACCUUGUGCACUGGGUAUAGAAACCUCCCUAAAUAGCAUCAUGUGGUCUAGCUUACCUUGGUUUGGGUGGCAUGUGGUUGUGGCUGUGUUUCUCCCAUUUGCAGGCCCUUAUUUAAACAUGGGCCCUAUAACUAAGGCUACUGUGGCUGUUAUCCAGUUUGCACUGUGGGUUAAUAAGGUGAGGAAUUCAUGGAUUUUUAACUUCCUCUGGAAGGCAGGCACAUGGAUACAUGGCUAUCACACUCUAAGUGUUUGUUUGUGGGGUUACUUUAACAAUGGUACCUACUGUGAGGAAAUGACACCAGGGGAAAUUUUUUAUCAACCCUUCACUCAGAUGUUUGGGUCUAUUCCACCAGUUUUUGAAGGGUUUAAAUCUUCUCUAAAUGCUAAUGAUAUCAUACAGUGGCUGGUGCUGCUGGUAUGCCUGUUCUAUUUAGCAUUCAGAGACAAGGGGAGAUUGGCCUGGAUAACCACCCUGUGAAAAAGGCAUAUUGUGUGUGUGGCUCUACGCAGAUAUUUACUAUAUGUAAUAUGCUAGGCAGAAAAGUUAUGCAAUAUUAACAUUUUAAAUAAUAUAGUAAAUGUAGUUUUUAACAUUGAAUCUAAGUAAGAAUUGUGUGUAAGGUAUUGUCCUUAGCUCAAGAGCAAAGAGAAGAUAACCCGGAGGUUUCUACACAGAGAGAACAAUUACAACAAGCCUGACUAAAACCCCUCUUGGAUGUUUCAGAGGGAAAGAUGCAU